AUGAUUUACCUUCGUGCUGGACACAUACCGCACCUAACUUGGGAUGUUGUGCAGAACUGGUUGAAGUUGGACCAAACUCCGAUCUAUCAGUUGACGCUGCCGUCUCUGAUCGAAUCUGCGAAAGUGAUCGAGAAGUUUGGAGGAGCCCCAGCAUUCUGUGGAAUGCCUAAUUUUUUGUGUGAUUCAUUCGACACCAUGCUGGACUACGAUACACCGAAAGGAUCGCUGAAUAAACGAAUGACCAAAGCAAUCGAGCGCACCAAAUCUUUCAAUGAUUUCAUAUUUAGAGAAGAUGGCGAUAAUCUUGAGGGUGCUGUAUUAAUCUCUCUGGGUGGAGGAUUCAGUGAUUAUCAUCGUAGAAAAUGCGCUGUUGAUGGCCCACUUCCACCUGCGAAACUUCGUUUUGUAGCGGGAGUGUUUGACCCAGCCAUGGUUUUGUAUUUAACCAAGUUGGGUUUCGAUCUUUUUGAUUCAUCAUAUGCAGUGAAAAUGGCCGAGGAGGUCAGUUUCCUCUCCUUCAGCGUUCUUCUAAAACUUGUUUUUUUGCACAUGCUAGCCAGAAACAACUUUUUUUGAAU